CUGGAAUGUCGCUGAGAGUUUUUUGUUCUGCAGUUGGCGAUGAGGGUGACACCCCCCUGCUUCUGCUGGGUGUACCUUGGGAGCUAAAACCAUAGGUGUAGUGAUUUGAGCAGGAACAUCUGGAACAAAGCCAGACAGGGUUUUUCCUGACUCCAUUUGCCUUCUCUCCCAGAAAUAAUUCCAGAAUCUUCUGUUCAUAUGUUUUGUUGACCAACAGCAAUAGCAAAAUGGAUGGAUCUCUGAGGAUGGUGUCAUUUGAGGAUGUGGCCAUUGAUUUCAGCUGGGAAGAGUGGGAGUACCUGGAUGAUGAUCAGAAAACAAUGUAUAGAGAUGUAAUGCUGGAGACCUACAGCAACCUGGUGUCCUUGGGGCACUAUGUUCCUAAAUCUAAAGUGAUUGUCAAGCUGGAGCAAGGUGCAGAGCCAUGGAUGAGAGAAGCCCCAGACAAAAAAUUAACAGAUGUCCAGGAAAUGGAUGAUGUGAUUGUGACAUGCCAGGAAAGUCCAGAUGAACAUCUAUGGGAAGUCGCUGUCCCCAAUAGCAACACAGUAGAGGAAAGUAUUAGAUUAGGAAGGACUUUUAAUUUGAGGUCAAACUCUAUGUCAGAGCUCAUUAGGAAUAAUGAGAACUACUUAGGGAUGAGGACUGAGGAGUUCACUGUGUGUCAGAACAUACUUCUCCAUAGUAAGUCUGCUGAAGCCAGGCCUCAUGUCUCUUGUAUAGUUGAAAAAUCCCUCAGACAUUUGAAGCAUUUUAGUCAACAUUAUGAGAGUCCAAAUGAGCAGAAGUAUUUUGAAUAUGGUGGAGAAGGGAAGGCAUUAACCUCAGAGACCACAUUCUUUACACAAAAUUGUUUUUUUGUGGGUGAUCCCUCCUAUAAGCAUGAUAAAUAUAGGAAAGACUAUGAAAAAUCUGCUCUCAUUGGCCAGGGAAUACCUCAUAUAGGGAGGGAAACACCUGAAUGUACUAUAUGUGGGAAAACAUUCUACGUAAGUCCUACACUCACUGCACAUCAGAAAAUACUCACAGGAGAGAAUCCCUGCAUAUGUAGUGAAUGUGAGAAAUCCUUCAGUGAGGAAAUAUACCUUUCAAAACAUCAAAGCAAAUAUCCAGAGAAGUCCUUUAAGUAUACCAAAUAUGCAGAAUCUAUCUUUCAGAAGUCAGACUUGACUUUACAGCCUCAAACUUACAGAGAAGAGAAAUGCUGUGAAUGUGAUGAAUGUAAGAAAUCUUUUGCCCAGAUUUCUGCUCUCAGCUGGCAUCAGAGAACUCUCACAGAGGAGAAAACUUAUGCAUGUAACAAAUGUGGAACAUCUUUCACCCAGAAGCUAGAUCUUAGUGUUCAUCAGGGAAUACACACAGGAGAGAAACCUCAUGAAUAUAACAAAUGUGGGAAUCAUUUCAAACAAAUGUCAAGUCUCAAUGAAUAUCAGAAAUCUUACCUAGGUAGGAACCGUUAUGUUUGCAACAUAUGCAAAAAGUUUUUUAGGCGGAUGUCCUAUCUCAGAUUGCAUCAAAGAAGACACACAGGAGAGAGGCCUUAUGCAUGUAACACAUGCGGAAAGGCUUUCACACGUCGGACAAGUCUCUCUGUACAUCUGAGAAGACACACAGGAGAGAAGCCUUAUGAAUGUAACACGUGUGGAAAGGCUUUCAUGCAAGAAUCAAUCCUCAAUGCUCAUCAGAGAAUACACACAGGAGAGAAACCUUACGCAUGUAACACAUGUGGAAAGGCUUUCACACGAAAGUCACAACUCAGUGUGCAUCAAGCAACACACACAGGAGAGAAACCAUAUGAAUGUAACAAAUGUGGAAGGUCUUUUAUGCAAAACUGUGUCCUCAGAGUGCAUCAGAGAACACACACAGGAGAGAAGCCUUAUAAAUGUAACACCUGUGGAAAGGCUUUCAUGCAGCGGACAAGUCUCUGUUUGCAUCAAAAAAAACACACAGGAGAGAAGCCUUAUGAAUGUAACACCUGUGGAAAGGCUUUCGUGCAGCGGACAAGUCUCUGUUUGCAUCAAAAAAGACACACAGGAGAGAAGCCUUAUGAAUGUAACACCUGUGGAAAGGCUUUCGUGCUGAAAUCAAUCCUCAAUACUCAUCAGAGAACACACACAGGAGAGAAACCUUAUGAAUGUAAAAAAUGUGGAAAGUCUUUUAAGUGGAGCUCAUGUCUCAGAACUCAUCAAAGAAUACACACAGGAGAGAGACCUUACGAAUGUAACAAAUGUGGAAAGACCUUCAAGCGAAAGUCACAUCUCAAUGUGCAUCAAAGGACACACACAGGAGAGAAACCGUAUGAAUGUAACACAUGUGGAAAGGCUUUUAAGCAAAAAUCACAUCUCAGUGUGCACCAAACAACACACACAGGAAAGAAACCUUAUGAAUGUAACACAUGUGGAAAGGCAUUCACGCGAAAGUCUUAUCUCAGCAAGCAUCAAAGAACACACUCAGGAGAGAAAGUUUAUGAAUGUAACACUUGUGGAAAGGCUUUCAAGCAAAAGUCACAUCUCAGUGUGCACCAAACAACACAUACGGGAAAGAAACCUUAUAAAUGUAAUACAUGUGGAAAGGCUUUCAAGCAAAAGUCACAUCUCAGUGUGCACCAAACAACACACACAGGAAAGAAACCUUAUGAAUGUAACACAUGUGGAAAGGCUUUCAAGCGAAAGUCAUAUCUCAGGAAGCAUCAGAGAACACACACACACGAGAGAAACCUUAUGAAUAAACCAUAUGAAUGUAACACAUGUGGAAAGUCUUUCAGCCAGAUGUCAUAUCUCUGCAGGCAUCGGAAAACACACACAGGAGAGAAACCAUAUGAAUGUAACACAUGUGGAAAGUCUUUCAGACUGAUGUCAUAUCUCCAUAAACAUCAGAAAACACACACAAGAGAGAAGCCAUAUAAAUGUGACACAUGUGGACAGUCUUUUGUCUUCAAGUCAAACUUCCAUAUGCAUCAGAUAACACACACAGGAGAAAAACCAUAUGAAUGUAACACAUGUGGAAAGUCUUUCAGAGAGAUGUCACAUCUUUGUAUGCAUCAAAGAACACACACAGGAGAGAAACCAUAUGAAUGUAGCACAUGUGGAAAGUCUUUCCUCUCCAAGUCAAACUUCAAUGUGCAUCAGAGAAUACACACAGGAGAAAAACCUUAUGAAUGUAACACAUGUGGAAAGUCUUUCAGAUGGAUGUCCCAUCUUCCUCUGCAUCAGAGAACACACACAGGAGAGAAACCAUAUGAAUGUAACACAUGUGGAAAGUCUUUCAGAUGCACGUCACAUCUUCGUAUGCAUCAGAGAACACACACAGGAGAGAAAUCCUAUGAAUGUAACAAAUGUGGAAAGUCUUUCUACUACAAGUCCAGCCUUAGUGUGCAUCAGAGAACACACACAGGAGAGAAACCUUAUGAAUGUAACACAUGUGGAAAGUGUUUCCGACAGAUGUCACAUCUCUGCAGGCAUCAGAGAACACACACAUGAAAGAAACCUUAUGAAUGUAACACAUGGAAAGUCUUUCAGCAGGAUGUCAUGUCUCUACAAGUACCAGAGCACACACACAAAGAAAUCUUAUGAAUGGAAAGUGUUUCAGCCAGAAAUCAAACCUUGGCAGGCAUCAAAAAAUUCACACAUGAGCAAAACUUUAUGAAUGUAAAAAAAAAUGUAAGUCUCAAGCACAAUUCAGCCUUCACUAAGCAUCAGAGAUGCCAUAUGAAUGUAAGACAUGUGGAAAGUCUUUCAGGCAAAUAGCAAAUCUCUGUAUGCAUUAGAGCACAUGCAGGAGAGAAAUCUUAGGAAUAUAACAAAUAUGGAAGUUUUUCUACUACAAGUGAAGCCUCAACCUUCAUCAGAGAACACAGACAGGAACCUUAUGAAUGUAACAAUUAUGGAAGGUCUUUCAAGCAGAAGUUCAACAUCAGAAUUCACACAAGAGAGAAACCUUAUGAAAGAAAUGUGGAAAGAAUUCACCUACAAGUCAGAUGUUAGCAGACAUCAGAGUUUACACAGGAGAGAGCUCUACCCUAAAUUGGACAGAUGGAAAAGAAGCUUCUAAGAGCUUUGAACUUUUGUACGAGACCCCUUCAACCCCUACACCUCUUUUAAGAGUAUCAAAAAUUGGAGAGGUUGAUGUUGAGCCAGCAUACUUUGGCCAAAUACUUAAUGGAACCAACUAUGUUGGACUAUGAAAUGGUGCACUUUCAGCCUUCUCAAAUUGCAGUAGAAG